AUGGGGAGCCAGUGGGAUGGCGUAGGCUUUAAGCAUCCGAGUCUACAGGUGAUCCCUGAGCGAGCGACGGUGACGCACAUCAAUGAGAAAUACAUAUACCCGAACGGAACCCUCAAAGUGAGGAGAUACGGCAGGAAAAGCGCAUAUUACGUCAACAUGGAGGGAACCACCAAGAUGGAGUUUGGCAACAAUGUGUCAUUGCACUUGAUUUUCUUCGAGUUUCUGCACAACGAGUACAAACGUAGCUUCGUAGAAAUGAAAUUUGAAAAGAUAUGCGAGUCCAUCAACAAGGACCCUUACCUCGGCAAGGCGUUUCAAAUGAUAGGCAUGCCGUGUCCUUUACCACCGGGCAUACACAGGAUGAUGAACAUCACAGUGCCCGCACAGGACUUUCCUAACGUGUGGCCCUUCGAAAAGUGCAAAGUGGAAUUCACAUUAUUGCAGAACCAGAACAAGGAAACCAUGGCCACUGUAGACGUAUUUGUUUUGUUCAAACAAAAUCCUAGAAUUAAAUAA